GUCCUCUACAAGUUUUCACAGAACAGAAGGGAACACAAACAGUAAUCUGGCUAUGAUACCUCUGAAUGAGAAAGUGAGUAAUCUACAGUUACUGUCCUACUCCUCCUCACAGCCAGCUUGGCCGUCUUGUUACCGAUAGCUAUAUUUGAGUAAGAACUACCUACAGGUAAUCACCUGGUUUCUAGCCAGGCUGACAGCCGGAUCUGGGAGCUGAGUACGCAGUGUCAUCGCUGGUCACCUCACAUGCUUUCUGCCUGGACUGCUCCUGUGAUGAUUCGCCUUCCGCUGCUUGUCCUGCUCAUCUUUAACUCGUUAGCUGCCGGCAAUCAACAACCGGAGACUCCUGACUGGAGGAUGACCCUGAAGAGAAUCAGGAACGGGGUGCAUAAGAUUGACAUGUACCUGAACGCAGCUCUGGACCUGCUAGGGGGCGAGGACGGACUGUGCCGCUUUAAAUGCAGAGAUGGUUCCAAGCCAACUCCACGCUACGGCUAUAAACCUUCACCGCCUAAUGGGUGUGGAUCGCCUGUGUUUGGAUUUCAUUUUGAUGUUGGCAUACCCUCUAUGACAAAGUGCUGCAAUCAGCAUGACCGCUGCUAUGACACAUGUGGCAGCCUGAAGAAUGAGUGUGAUGAGCAGUUCCAGAGCUGCCUAUCCAAAAUAUGUAGAGAUGUACAGAGGACCCUGGGUAUUGCAGAGACUGUGAAAGCUUGUGAAUCAACAGUAGAACUCCUGUUUGAUGCCGUCAUACAUUUGGGAUGCAAACCCUUCAUGGAAAGCCAACGAGCUGCUUGCAUCUGCCCCUAUGAAGAGAAGAUAGAUCUUUGAAAGCAGGACUACUGGAUAUUUAUUGCAGUAAUAAACCUGGAUCUGGAACAUUUGUCUAAGUGCAUUUCAAUGC